GCGCCCAGGCUGAAUUUACAGUUUAAACAGGUGAAUUUGGCUGGGUGCGGUGGCUCACGCCCGUAAUCCCAGCACUUUGGGAGGCUGAGGCUGGCGCAUUGCCUGAGCUCAGGAGUUUGAUACCAGCCUGGGCAACACAGUGAAGCCCCAUCUCUACUAAAAUACAAAAAAAAAUUUUGACGGACGUGGUGGCGGGCGCCUGUAGUCCCAGCUACUCGGGAGGCGGAGGUUGCAGUGAGCCGAGAUCGCGCCACUGCACUCCGGCCUGAGCGACACAGUGAGACUCUGUCUCUAAAAAAACAAAACAAAACGAAAUAAACAGGGGAACUUUAUGGUAUGUAAACUGCAUCUCAAUAAAGCCCUUGAGAGAGGAAAAGGGCCCUCUGCUCUUUCUGCCUUCCCAGGCAUCAGAGGAGAGGAAAAGGUGACCUCCAGCACCGUCCCCGAGGUGGGAGGACCCGCCUUGGCCGGAAGUGGAGGCGCCGCGACCGCCCCGCCCCCGCUGUGUUCCGGUCGCCGAGUGCUCAUGCACCACCAGGCUCCCUUAGGUGGACAGCAAUUUUGUGCUCCCGUCAGCCACGUGGGUGGCGUGCUCCCCUAGUGCCGUGUUCCCCUUUUCAGAAAGACGAGCCUCGGAUGCUUUUCUACCCAGCCAGUGGAGCCUGGACUCGAACUCGCUCUCAUCGUAGCGCGUCCAGGUUCGGGUUCGCCUGAGAGGCUGAGAUCCGAGUCUCAAGGGCAUUAUCCCUUUAAGACGGGGCGGAGCCCCGCGAUGAGCGGCGGGCCGGCGCGAGAGGAGGCCGGAAGUGUUUAUCACGUGUUCGGGGACGGGGCGGUGCUCCAAUCGGAAGCGGAAGUGGCUGCAUCGUCGACGCUGGGCUUUCGGGUCCCGCGCCCAGAGAUGGGCUCCAAGGCCAAGAAGCGCGUGCUGCUGCCCACCCGCCCGGCGCCCCCCACGGUGGAGCAGAUCCUGGAGGAUGUGCGGGGUGCGCCGGCAGAGGAUCCAGUGUUCACCAUCCUGGCCCCGGAAGACCCCCCAGUUCCCUUCAGGAUGAUGGAGGAUGCGGAGGCCCCGGGAGAGCAGCUCUACCAGCAAAGCCGGGCCUACGUGGCUGCCAACCAGCGGCUGCAGCAGGCGGGCGACGCGCUGAGGCAGAGGUGUGAGCUCCUGCAGCGAGCCGGCGAGGACCUGGAGCGGGAGGUGGCCCAGAUGAAGCAGGCAGCAUUACCGGCGGCCGAGGCUGCCUCCUCAGGCUGACCUCUCGGGGCCUGCAGGCCUGGGCAGCGCACGAGGUGGCCUGCACCCAGGCUUUCCCUGGGGGUCCGUCGGCCCCAGACUGGCAUUCACGGGGUCCCAGCCCACGUGGGUGUCGACACAGGCGCCCCUCCUGAUGCUGGGGCUGCGGUUCAUCCGUCGUCUCAUUCAUGCCGAGUUGGUGGGACCCACCCAGCUGGCUCCGUCCUGCGUGACCUGAGGACCCACUGGGGUUCUGGAAGAGGAUAGGGACAUUAUUGCUGUACUGUGAUUCUGUCCUCGGCUCACAGUGGCCGUGCUCUGCAGUGGGGCACCUGGGAGCAGGUGCCACCUCCUUCCUCUCCCGGGGCAGGCACUCGCCUGUCCACUUCUGAGUCCAGGUGUUGGGAUCGAGGUGUUAACUGUGAUUCCAUCCAGCGAGUGCCCACCCAAUGUCAGAGCAGCCCGAGGGCCAGCCUGAGCCCCUGACCCCACUUCCUUCUGGGCCCCGGGCUCCUCCCACAAGCCACGUUGAUCUUCACAACGACCCUGGGCCGCUGGGGUCACCCAAGAGAAGCAGCCCUGAGACCCAGCCAGGCUGGGCCCAGCUCCACGGCACGGGUGUCUCCCAGCCACUGCCCUUGCUGGAGGACCGCUGUGAGUCACUGGCCAGGAGCCCAGGGUGUCCUGGGUCUCAUAGCCACCCUGCCGGCUGCAGCAGGUCCUGGGCCUGCUUCCCUGCGGGUUCUGGCCCUGGGGGAAGGGGCGUUAGUGCGGCGAAGGGUCUUGCCAAAGGCUUUUCAUCCUAAAUAGCAACUUGAGUGGAAACCUGGGCAAGGCGGCCCAGAGGCUGGGCCCUGCACAUAAAGCUUUCGUGUGUGUC